AGAUGGACACUGCAUUAUUGUCCGUUCUUGUUGACCAUCACAACAGAGGUGACCAUGCACAAAAUGAUUGGAAGCCACAUGUGUACAAUGCUUGCAUAAAGCAUGUGAAGGAGACAUGUAAUAUUGUCAUCAACAAAGACAAGAUAGUAGCAAGAAUUAAAACAUUUGACAAGCAUUAUGAAGUCAUCAACAAGAUGCUUUCCCAGAGUGGCUUUGGAUGGGAUUGGGAUAAUAACAUGGUGAGUGUUGACAGUGAUGAAGUGUGGGCUAGAUAUGUGGAGGCAAACAAGGAUGCAGCUCCAUAUAGGUACAAAGAAGUGAAGAAUUGGCAAGCUAUCUCUACUAUAUAUUCAAAAGACCAUGCCACGGGUGCAGGUGCAAGGACAGGAGGUGAGUGUGCUCAAGUUGGAUCCUCAUCCGUUCCUCAGGUGGUGGUUGAGGAUGAUGAAGAAACUCCUGAGCUGCCUAAGAAGAAGAAGCAACGCACUGCUGAUGCUAUCAUGAGCAUGGUGGGAGAGCUGAGAAUGACGUUUGAGGAGGCUUUGAACUCAACCGCCCCACUACCACCACCACCACCACCAGCAGCACCAAAGGUUACUCCUUCAUCUGAAAUCUUGGUUGAACUAAAGAAAAUACCAGAUUUGGUGGGUAAUGAGCUGUUGAUAGCUUAUGGGAAGGUCACGGCCAACGAGCGCACCUUCGAAUCACUCAUGGCACUACCCAUGGAACUGAGGAAGGUAUGGCUCAUGACCUUGCCUUGA